AUGUACCAGUCAGGUGCAUCAAAUGUGAAAAUCGAUCAUCAGUCCGUAGAGGUUUACGUAGAGCCUUUACUCCCUCCUGGGAAGAAAAGAGCUCAGCUCAAAAAAGAAUUCGAAGAGGAAGAAAAAAAUAAAAAUCAAAAGAAGGUUGGAGAUACAAAAUAUAUGAAGUACCUAAAAGCAAGAAGAAAAAAAGAGAUUGACCGCUUCAACUGGGGAGUAUGUUUGUAUAAGGUUUUCUGUUGUUUUCGGGAUAAACCACCAGAAGGCUACUUCUACUACGGGCCCGCGAAGAAGCUGGACCCGCGCACGACGCGCGAGUACCGCAAGCCGUACAAGGAGACGCGCGAAAUGAAGGUGCAGCGGAAGCAGGAGGAGGAGAUGGCGCGCGCGCGCCAGAAGUCCUUGAUGCAGAUGGAGCAGGAGGAGAUGGAGGCGAUGACGGAGGGCGCGGUGAAGCGCGCCCAAGAGUCGGGCUACGGCUUCGGCCCGGGCUACGGCUCCGACUACGGCCCCGGCUACGGCCCGGGCUACGGCGGCGCGCCGCCCAACGACCGGCCCGUGCAGGGCAGGUACCUGGCCUUCCAGACGGGCCCCUGCGAGUGCCACGAGAACGCGCGCAAGUACCGCCUGAGCAAAGGCGCGCCCCCGGACAUCCCGGGCAGGGGCCAGCCCGGCCAGCCCGGCGGUCCCGCGUGGCUGCCCACGCACCAGGGCGAGUACCCGCCGCCGUACGGAUACCCGGGGCAGCAAGGGUACCCGGGGCAGGGUCCGCCUGGAGAGGAGCCUGGAGAAGGAGGUCUUUUCGACAGAACUCCGUGCGACGCAUCCAAGUGUGUUUGCGCUAAGACCUCAAAGCGCCUAGGAUGGGGGGCUGAAGAAGGCGGUGAGGAGUGA